CAAAACUUUAGUAUAAAAUUGUCUUUGGGGUUUAUUUAUUUUUUCAAUAUUUAUUUUAUUUUCUCUCUCUGUUAUCAACAAUGGGUGAAAUAUGGCUUCUCCAUGUGCACUUUACUAGAUUUUAAUAAGUACCCGAUUGCUUUUUACACUCCCCUUAGCUUAGCUUUCUUUGUGAUCUUUUCAUUUUUUCUCCAAAAACGAUGUCGCUUUUCUUCGAAAGGAACGGUGAUGGUAAUUCAAUCAGACGGUCAGUGUUUGUCCACGAUAUGCAGUGUAUUCAAGAUUCGCCGGAGCUAAAAAACGAUGAUCAGAGAGAGUCGGUGCUGGCGGAAGAUAGGGAAGAAGAGGAUGAUUUGGAGUAUUGUAGUUCGUCGUCGAUCGGAGGGAACAGUGAUGUUUCUGGCGAAUCAUCAUCGGACGGUGAAGAUUCAAGGGAGACUGAAGUUCAAAGCAAGCUUAAAGGACCCUUGGAUACCAUGGAUGCUCUACAAGAGGUUUUACCUACGAGAAAAGGUAUAUCCAAGUUUUAUAAUGGCAAAUCAAAGUCCUUCACUAGUCUUGUUGAUGCUGUCACUGCUUCCUCUGUUAAAGAAUUUGCAAAACCGGACAAUCCUUAUAAUAGAAAACGCAAGAACUUAUUAACUCGUGGUUCAAAGCGAUUAGGCAACUCAUAUGGAAGUGCAAUGGCUUUCGGAACUACUAUGAGUAGCUCUGACUUGAACUUGAUGUCAUCAUCACCGUCUAGUUGUCUUCCACCUCUACAUCCACAGUAUAAAAAAUCAACUAUGAUUAGUUCGUCAUCGAUAGCUGCUCAACCGAAUUUGAACCCUCCAUGCCGGUCUUUCUCCUUGUCUGAUCUACAAUUUGUUGUUGCCGCUGCCGCUGCAACUCCUAACAUGGCUGGUUUGGCUGUUCGUAGUUGCAACAAGGAUAAAAAAAUGCAUUGAGUUCAAUGGGAAGUUGCCAAAAUGUUUACCGUGAUUGGUAUGGGAGACUGUCACUUUUAUCCCUUCAUGCAUUUGAUUCAUCAUAUCCCUCUGUACUUGUAGUGUUAGGUAUACAAUGGCCAUGCAUUCUGAUAUGUGUAAUUCCUGUUUGUACUGUUCUCAUCUCUUGUUAGAUUUGAGAUAAUGAUGAGAAUGCUUUAUUGUAUAAUACAAAACGUUGGCCUUUACAUGUUACUGAAAAACUUUUGCCUUUUCCUUCCCCUAUUUAUUCACCAUUCCUUGUGUUA